CAGUCAGUUCUAGAGACUCACACAAGCUCUGGAAAGUUCGCUGAGUCGCUUCAGUUUCCAGCGACGGGGCCGAACGUUAUAUAAACGCAUCGCUCAGCCAGUUUGUGGAGUCAAAAACCACAUUUAACGGGCACUAACCUACAAAUUCGCGCUGUAGAUCACCAGGUCCAUUCCUAAUUGUAACAUUAAAGCCGUUUAGUUCUGCAGACGUCGAGUCUUCUGUGAUUCUUUAAACGAAAGACUGCUCUGUGAGGAAAUAGGCUAUUGUUUGGGCUGUUUAAAAGGACAUUUUCAUAUUAAAUUAAAGAUGACUGCAGAAGAGGUGGUGACUGAAGGUUGCAGCAUCCCCGUCGAGGGUGAAGACAUCACCCCGAAUAAAGAUGGAGGUGUUUUAAAGAUAAUCAAGAAGGAGGGUACCAGCUCUGAGUUACCUAUGACCGGUGAUAAAGUAUUUGUUCACUAUGUCGGAACUCUGCUUGAUGGUACACAGUUUGACUCCAGUCGUGAUCGAGGGGAGAAGUUCUCCUUUGAGUUGGGGAAAGGUCAGGUGAUCAAAGCAUGGGACAUCGGUGUGGCCACGAUGAAGACUGGCGAGAUCUGCAAAUUGAUUUGCAAACCUGAGUAUGCCUAUGGAGCUGCUGGCAGCCCACCCAAAAUCCCACCCAACGCUACCCUUGUGUUCCAGGUGGAGUUGUUUGAGUUUCAUGGGGAGGACAUUACUGAUGGAGAAGAUGGUGGAAUUAUUCGCAGGAUCAUCACUAAGGGGGAGGGCUACACAAAGCCUAAUGAGGGUGCAUCUGUGGAAGUGUGUUUGGUGGGCCGUCACGAAGACCGUGUUUUUGACGAGCGUGAGUUGAAGUUUGAGGUGGGAGAUGGAGAGAGUUUGGGUCUGCCUCCAGGCGUAGAGAAAGCCUUGCAGUCCAUGGAGCAGGGAGAGGAGGCGCUCUUCACCAUCAAACCAAAGUAUGGCUAUGGAACUGCUGGCAGCAACAAAUUUGACAUUCCACCUAAUGCUACACUGCAGUACAAAAUUACACUGAAAGCAUUUGAGAAGGCCAAAGAAUCCUGGGAAAUGAACUCUUUUGAGAAACUGGAACAAAGCGCCAUCGUCAAAGAGAAAGGAACUCAGUAUUUUAAGGAGGGUAAAUACAAGCAGGCAGCUGUGCAGUACAAACGCAUUGUGUCCUGGUUAGAGCACGAGUCCAGUAUGGAGCCGGAGGAAGAAGAGAAAGCCAAAGCUCUGCGAUUGGCUGCUCACCUUAACCUAGCUAUGUGCUACCUAAAGCUACAGGAAGCUAGUUCUGCCCUCGAGAGCUGUGACAAGGCACUGGAGCUGGACACAAAUAAUGAGAAGGCUUUGUUUAGGCGAGGAGAGGCACUGUUCGUCAUGAAGGAGUACGACAGGGCGAGAGCAGAUUUCCAGCGUGUCACUCAGUUGUAUCCAUCCAAUAAGGCAGCGAAGAGCCAGAUCGUGCUCUGCCAGAAACAUGUCAAAGCGCAACACGAGAAGGACAAGCGCCUCUAUGCCAACAUGUUCCAGAAGUUUGCAGAGAGAGACGCUAAAAAGGAGGCGGAUCAAGACAAGGAGCAGGAAAAGAAACAGAAUGGUAGUGCAAUGGAAAUAGAAGAAAACGGAGCCCAGGAACAAACUCAAGCAUAAUGGCAUGUGUUUAUAUGAAUUACUGUGUUUUGUUUAAUUUUUUUUAUAUAUUCACUUCUAUAAUUUCGGUUCCCCUGAAGUGUGAUUUAGGAUGCGUGCGAGCUUUGGUUUCUAAUCUAAUGUAGCGAGAUGUUUGCUUUUGUACUGUGGCCAGAACCUUUUGGCCAGGGUGUGUAUGAAUGUUUGUGUGUGCAUUACUGUAAGGCAGCUUGUCAGCGUGGCGUGUUCUCUGCGGCGUCUCUCUUUACACUUAGGGACCGUGGAAAUAAAACGAUUCUCAGCCUGUAGCUUCUACUGCAGCCACUCGUAUCGGCUGCAAAAACUGAUGCUGAUCCUUAGAAAACUCUUUGAGUCGCACUGCUGUACAAUAAAGCGCUUUUCUGUCCCGUCACUAAACUUGACGUGCAUGGAGGUGAUCACCAGGGCAAAAAGACUGUUUUGUUUUCUUUGAUUUGUACGAAUUUUUUUUUUUUUCCUCCAUCGUUCUACUGUUAAAUUCUCCACGCUUAAUGUGUACAACUUAUCACAACUGGAAAUCUUUCGAUAGUGAAUCUCUAUGGGAGAAACCAUCCACAUUUCCUGUGAAGAGCCCUCUUGUCUGCUUCACUCCGUGUGUAGUCUUUUCUGUGGCGUUGUUCUAGCGGAGAACAUCAUCAAUAUAGGGCUGAGAUGUUCAUCAUGUUACAAAGGGAAAACAUGAACUUUGACCUGCAGUCUCACACUGUCUCUUUUUAUCUUCUUGUGGACAAGAUUAUGAUUUCUCCAUAAUUGUACUUGCACAUUUUAUAUCUCAUUGUGGAUUGUCAAGGCAGAAGAGGCUUGCUUUACCCGGCUGUGCUGUGUGACGGAGCUCAACCAGGACAGGAUUACUCAAGUGGUGUGUGUGUAAGAGAGACAUACAGACAGUUCUGUUCCCAUGUCCUUGAUUCUCUGAUGUUGACUAGAACAAUAAAACAAACUCAAAAUCAA